AGCCAGACCCCAAGCACGGUGUCCUGAAAGUCCUGGGCAGCUACGUGAAGGGCUUCUACGCCAAAUUCUGGAUCUUAGUCUGCGCCGGCAUGUUCAUUGUGGUCAGCUUUGCUGGGCGCCUGGUGGUCUACAAAAUUGUCUACAUGUUCCUCUUCCUGCUGUUCCUCACCCUCUUCCAGGUUUACUACGAUCUCUGGCGGAAGCUCCUGAAGGCCUUCUGGUGGUUUGUGGUGGCUUACACCAUGCUGGUCCUCAUAGCUGUUUACACCUUCCAGUUCGAGGACUUCCCCAUGUACUGGAGGAACUUCACCCAUUUGACCGAUGAACA